GCAAGCGAAGAAAUAUGAUGUGGUGUGUAUGUGUAGUUUCUUUCCUGAUUGUGUCGUGUGGCCUUUCUAGUUCCACGAGGUUGAGUCGGUUGUCGGACAUUGAGUGUGAUGUCUGCAAACUCAUUGUGCCUCUGAUUCAGUCUUGGUUUGACAAAAAUUCUACGGAAGAUGAAGUAGCUCAACUCAUCACCGACUUCUGUAUCGACUUUCAGUUGGAAGAUAGAAACGUCUGCAUUGGAAUCGUGAAGGAAUUCAGGAACGAAGUUCUGACCGUCGCUGCUGAUGGUUUUGUCAGUUCCAACACAGUUUGCGGGCUAAUUUUCGGUGAUUCCUGCGCUAUUCCUGAUUAUCCGCCAGAAAAGUGGAAUGUCAGUUUGCCUAGCACUCCAAAACCUCCAGUAAAGCCUCACGUUCCUCCUCAGCCAGACGCUCCAGUCAUGCACAUUCUGCAUCUCAGCGAUGUUCACUUUGAUGAGGUGUACACACCUGGAUUGGAUACUGACUGUGGUGAGCCGCUCUGUUGCCGUCCACCUAAUAAAUACGUUGGCCCGACUAAAGGGGCGGGAAAGUGGGGUUCUUAUGCUUGUGAUGUCCCUCGGAAUACCAUUGAGAAUCUAUUACAACACAUCAGUGCUUCAGUAAAGUUUGACUUUAUUUAUUGGACGGGCGACUUACCAGCUCAUAACGUGUGGAAUCAGAGUCGUUCGGAUCAACUUCGAAUUUUGAAUACUCUUGUUGAGUUGAUGCUUAAGUAUUUCCCUGGCAAACUCGUGUUCCCAGCAGUUGGAAAUCAUGAGAGUGCUCCAGUGAACAGCUACCCUCCACCUUUCGUGACGGGAAAGAAUUCUAAUAGCUGGCUUUUGGAUGCGCUGGCUGUAAACUGGUCGCAUUGGUUGCCCAAAGACACUCAGGAAACAAUCAGAUAUGGAGGUUACUAUACUGUUAAAGUUCGUCCAGGAUGGAGAAUAAUUUCCCUUAACAUGAACUAUUGUCAAUCACUGAAUUUUUGGUUGUACAUCAAUUCUACCGAUCCGGCUCAAGAGCUCGCUUGGUUAAUUAAACAGCUGCAGGAAGCUGAAGACGUUGGAGAUAAAGUUCAUAUCCUCGGUCACCAGCCCGUAUCGAGCUGUAUGUCACAAUGGAAAGAGAAUUAUUACGAAAUUGUCAAUCGAUAUGAGAGCACAAUUGCUGGCCACUUUUUUGGACACACACACAGUGACCAAUUCCAUGUGUUCUUCGACAAAACCAACAUGACUCGGGCUACAAAUAUUAUGUACGUUGGCCCCAGUGUAACGACAUAUCAGGACUUUAACCCAUCAUACCGUAUAUAUGAACUAGAUGGUCAAUACAAUGGUAGCUCGUACUACGUUCUUGACCAUGCCACGUACAUCCUAAAUUUAACCGAAGCCAACUUGUCAGAUAAACCUCAGUGGCAGUUUGAGUAUUCCGCAAAGGCUGCGUAUGGAAUGAAGACUCUGUAUCCUCAGGAUUGGGCUGAUCUUUUGGAUCGGAUGAAGGCCAAUAGUACAUUACAGGAUUUGUACAACAAGUUCUAUCAUCACUCCGUCUCACAUGCUACCAAAUCGUGUGAUGUCGUUUGUCGUUCGGCUUUUAUUUGUGAAGCAGAGAAUUUGAGACAAGGAACUUGGUGCAAGAGAAAACUGCAUGGUGUCUCCGAGCUGGACAUACUAAAAUACAGAUCCUUGAGAAAUGUGUGCUAGUGUGUAAUACUCAGCUAUGGAAGGUUUACAAAUAUUUGUUAAGAAAACGCCUGGUGCUAAUGACUUGUGUUUGUAUGAGUAAGUUUACAGACUGAUCAGUUUUUGGGUACAGAGUUGGACAGUCUUACUUGCUAUUUGAUUUAUUAAUAUCAACUUGCAUGUGUGCUGCAAAUUGAACUUGCCAAAAUUUAUGCAGUAAAUAAUUGGAUUUGAUAUCCAAUGAUAAUACAUUUUUU